GGCUGGAUGGGAAGGAGAGGCGGCGGGCGGCGAUGGGGGAGCAGCAGAGCUCGCUGAGCACCCCGCGGGCGGCCGCUGCCGCCGCGCUGCCGAGCCCGGCCGGGGUCCCGCGGGAGCCCGGCCCGGACGAGCCACCUUCGCUGCGAGAGGCGGUCCCGGGCGGUGGAUUAGCCGGGCCGGGGCGAGGCGGGGAGCUGGGGCCGCCCGCCGCCGACCCCGAGCGGCGAGGGGCCGAAGAGGAGGCGGAGGCAGCGGCCGGGCCGGAGCAGCCGCCGGGCGCGGGGGAACCGGCGGCCCCGGCGGAGGAGGGGCCGGAGGGAGGCAGCGGCCGCCGCCGCCCCCCCCGGCGGCACGUGUACUGCACCGUCUAUUGCGUGGAGAACGACCGGCCGGCCGCCGCCACCGGCUCCCCCCGCGGCGGCCCGGGCGUGGGGCAGCCCCCGGUCCGGCGCGGGGUGGUGCCGGGCGACGACCCGCUGUCGUCGGGCGGCAGCAUCGAGGUGGUGGACUUGUACCUGCUGCCCGAGCCCUUCUCCGGGCUGAUCGCCGGCGAGUUCGGGCCGCUGCUGGUGCUGAGCUGCCGCGUGUGCCUGGAGGAGAAGCCCAUCAAGCCCCUGUCCUGCUGCAAGAAGGCGGUGUGCGAGGAGUGCCUGCGGCGGUACCUCAGCUCCCAGGUGCAGCUGGGACAAGCGGAUAUAAAAUGCCCUAUCACAGAGUGCAGCGAACACCUGGAUGAAACAACUGUCCUCUAUAACCUGCCCCAUGACGACAUCAUCAAGUAUAAAUAUUUCCUGGAACUCAGCCGCAUUGACUCCAGCACCAAGCCAUGUCCUCAGUGCAAGCACUUUACAACCUUCCGGAGGAGAGGCCACAUUCCUACCCCUGCCAAAUUGGAGAACAAAUAUAAAAUCCAGUGUCCAUCUUGCCAAUUUGUUUGGUGUUUCAAGUGCCACUCUCCCUGGCAUGAAGGCGUUAACUGCAAAGAAUACAAGAAGGGAGACAAGCUGUUACGUCACUGGGCCAACGAAAUUGAACACGGGCAGAGGAAUGCCCAGAAGUGUCCAAAAUGCAAGAUCCACAUCCAGAGAACCGAAGGGUGUGACCACAUGACCUGUUCACAGUGUAACACUAAUUUCUGUUAUCGUUGUGGGGAGAGAUACCGCCAACUCCGCUUCUUCGGCGAUCACACGUCAAACCUCAGUAUCUUUGGAUGCAAAUACCGCUACCUCCCUGAGAGACCACAUUUAAGGAGAUUAGUGCGAGGCUCUGUUUGUGCUGGAAAACUACUCAUUACGCCCCUAAUACUGGUUCUGGGACUGGCACUGGGAGCUGUAGCUGUUGUAAUAGGUUUAUUUGUGUUUCCUAUCUAUUGCCUUUGUAAAAAGCAGAGGAAAAGGUCACGGACAGGUAUGCCCUGGUGAGGAUGGACCUUACUCACCUGAACGAGCUGGUCCUGCAAGGGCUAUACGUGCUUUGUGCAACGGAGCAAUACAGUGCUGGUAACAGCAUCAAAGCCACCGCCCUGGAAGAAGAAUGGGGGUUCUCCUGCCAUCUUCCCUCAGCUGAAAACACUACUGCAGACCAGAAAGCCUCUUUGCUCUGAUGCACUCUCAGCAAGAUGGGCCCCCUGAGUGCUGCUUUUUAAAUGGUUUUGGUUGUGUUUUGUUUUUUUUUUUAAUUAUUACUUUGGAGGGGGUUUUUUGAGUCUAAGUUUCUGAACUAGACAAUCAAAGUCUGUAUUGUAGCCACAACUCUACUACCGAUCUGGCCUGUGAAGAAAGCAUUUAACUGCUAACAUGUGCUCCAUUUAACUUCAGUGUCGGCCUUUAAGGGGGAAAUGCUUAGAAGUGUUUGGACUCUUACUGUAUACUGAACAUACUACUUUUGGUAUUAAAAACUACUUCUGUAAAUAACUUCCAUCACACAGCAUUCUGUUCAGCAUACCGAAAUCCCGUCGCAUGCCAGAACACGACAGCUGGUUAUCUUCUGAGUCCUCCUGCUAGUAGGCAAGAGUGUAGAUUGCUACUGCCAAACUGCAGUGCCUCAGAGGGAAAUAUCCUUAGUAUUGAAGCUCUAUGAUACUGAAGAAUAUGAUGAUUGGUUUCACUUCAGUAAUUUAUUUAUGACAGUCUAUUAAUAUUAAUGGCGGGGAUGUGACAAGACUUGUUACAAGAGUACUUCGUUUUUAAAUUGACACAGUACAGAAAAAAUUUGAAGGAUUUAGAUAACAAGAAGUGUCAGUGGCCUACUCUGUCCCAAGAUAUCCCUGAAGUGUGUUUGCAGGGAAGAUGGGAACCUGCUCUUCUAUUCUGACUUAGAAUAUGAUACACAUGCUACACACUAGUUGUGUGAAGAUAGACUUGAUGAAAUUUUAUAACCUAAAUAGCACAUUUUGUUUGUUUGUUUAAGUAGACUACUACGCAAGUCUUAGAGUAUCCACUGAUGUCUCAUGAGGAAAAUCUGUGAAUCUGGGGUAAGGGGAGGGGUCAUGAAUUCUUAGGAGACCAUUCUUAAUUUCUGUUUCCAGUGUUUCUCUUCCUGGUGCAUUACAGUUCUGAAGAGAAUAGCUAUCCUUGCUCUUUUUUUCAUAACUUCAGAGUUCCACUGUUUGCUACCAACCCUCUUUCUCAGUGCAUCACCCCAAAAGUAAUCUAAUUUAGCAUUAGGAAUCAGCUACUGAGAAUUUUUACACUUUUUAUUCCAAAUUUAUCAUACAAAUGUAACUUUGAAGAAAAAAUAUAAUAAAAUAAAUUUGUUUAGGCAGAACACGGAAACAAAGAAAGGAACUGAUCAAGAAAAAUACCUACUUUAUACUCUAAAAAUACAAGCUGAUCUUAAAGAAAAGGAGAUUGGAUUUGUACUGUGAAGGUACUUUUUUCCAGUGUGUGUGUUUGAAGAUACACGUGUGUGUGUAUAUAUAUAUGUUUGUAUAUAUAUGGGGAACGGGGGAAGCAGGAGAAUGGGAAAUGUCUUGAAGAGCCUGCAGACUUCAAAAAUUAAGGCUUGCAAAUAGCAUAUCAGGUAGGAGAAUGUACUUUGCACCCCUUUCUUUGUUAAAUCUGAAUCCAGUUGUAAUUUUUAAGUAAAUGGUAUUCUGCCCCACCAAGAUACUCACUUUGACUUCAAAGCCUCAGUGGAAGAAGCUGAUGACUUUUGUUUACCCGGAAACACAAAUAUCAGCUUUCUAUAGUUGGCUAGUAUGCUUGUUUUCUGUUAGCUUCUCAUUUUGUUUUCUUGGGGUUUUUUGGUCUAUUUUUUUUUCCUUGUUGAAACAGUGUGUAUAAGCACAUCAUAGUAGUCAACAACUAUUUAAUAAUUUCCAUUUGAAUUUAAGGAUAUGUUGACCCUGUUGUCCUAGCAGUAGAAAUAGUAUCUUUCUAAGAUUUACAGAUUAAGCAGGGAAGCAAUGAUAUUUAGAAAUAAAAUUCAAAACCUGUUGUCAUUGCAAAUCCACCUAUUAAUUAGAUUUCUUCUUCUGAGAUGCAUCAGUUUUCUAUUUGUUUUCUGCCUGAGGUUGGAAGCUGCCUUAAAAUUGGUCUUGGUUUUGCGUGUGUUUUCUGAGGCUGUACAUAUCAGUUGUCUUUGGCUUACUCAGGGAUUUUUAUUCCUCUCUUUAAAUGUCAAAUAAUGAAGAUAUUUUUGUAUUAUUUAGAAAAACCUUCAGACCUCAGAGAGCGAGAUAGAUAUAUAGAUAGAUUUGGGUUUGCAAUGCAGUCUGUAACAUGGUGUCAAACUAUUCCACUUGAGAAUAUUUUAAUACUUGAGAUUAUCUGCAAUUAACUAUACAGUGGAUUAAUUCUCUUGCUUUUCCUGGUUCUGUAUAAAUAUGUGAGAUACACUUUUUGUAGCUGUUUUCACUCUACCAUGUUUGCCAUUUUCAGUUUCUGACAGGAGUUCAGUAAGAUCUGAAAUUAAGAUACUAGAAUAAAGAGCAUAAAAGGGAAGAUAAUAGUUCUGCACUUAUUUAUAUUCAGAAAGCGUGUCCUUGUGGAUGGAGAAAAGAAACACACAACUCAGCUCCUACAUUAUCAUUUCAUCUAGGCCAUUUUGAUUUUAUCAGAACAGAUUAAAUCAAGGGGAAAUGGUUCUUCAUUUUCUAUACAGAGCAAAAAGAGGCAUCUUUGACCUUGUAAAGAUGAGCAAGUCUGGUCUUUUUCUGUAGGGAAAAAAAGGGAAUGACAAUAAUUUUUCCUUUACUGUAGAACAGGAAAAAGUUUCAAGAGUCAGACAGAGUAGAGAUAUGAAAGUCUCUUUCCAUCUGUAUAAAAAUAUCCCCACUUGAAAAGUAAAGAAAUACAUUUUUAUCAAUAUAUUGUAACAUAACCAACCGAAAUAUGAGAAGUAGCUCAGUACAAGGUUCAUGCAAUAAAACAUUAGCUUUUAAACAACUCACCACAGAAAAUCUUACAUACAUCAAAACCAUGAUAUUUGUUUUAAAAGCAUUAAUUUAUGAGUUUGAAAGAAAUUUAGUGAACUUUGUAAGGAAAUUCAAGAAUGUUUUUAUCAUGUAAACGUCUUUUGGUUUUGGUGACUACUCUAAAGAAGCUACCAGGCUGUUCUACUCCAUCUUUAGUAGCAACAAUCUUGUCAGGCAGCUGAAUUAACCUACUAAUGCAGAUUUCACACUACUGUAUGCUGAUCAUUGCUGGUCAUUGUGUUUGCUUUCACCACAUUUAUUAUUUAACAUUACUUAUCAUUGUGCAAAGUUGUUGCUCACCAGUACCUGUAUUCAGACUAGGAAAUAAUUAAAUCCAUUCUACACUAGCCUUCUCUUUCAAGUUUGCCUGAGAAUGGAUUUGCCUAUGCACCACGUCCUGCUUACAGACAUGCAGUCAGAGCUAGGGCCUUCCCCAUGGUGCCAUGCAGUGUGUGCCCAGUCCUGCUUCUGCUGGGAGGGCUGGCUGGACAUGCCAUUCUGCAGGGGCUGCUCUCCCUUUCUCUGCUUUCUCCACUAUGCCUAAUUUAGUUAUAUAUCAGUAAUGGGCUUGAGCUUCAGGGCUACUCAGCCAUGUCAUUGGCUGGAUGAUUGACUACUGUAGCAUAGGUAUGCUUGCAGAGCUUAUCCAGCAGCUUGUGACUGGAAAAUAAUUGCUCUUUUCCCUACAUCACAGUCUAUUAGCCAGUGAGAAUAACGGAGAGGCAGAAGCGCAAUUCUGAGUAGCCUCGUGCUGAGCUGAUCUAUCAGUUUUAGUUCUGUACAAAAAAGUUGGUUAGUCUUCAGUUCUCACCACCUCUGUAAUAAGCAGAGUAUUCAUAUCUUUCCAAUGUCAUUAAAAAAUACAGUACACUUUGAGUGAUCUGUUAUCUUCCUUUGGGGAAGUGCAAAUGUGUAAGUAAGGGAAGGUUUUGUUUGGUUUUUGAUGUUACUAGUUCUGACUUCAUAACUCUUCCUUGUAUGUUAGGGGUUUUAUAAUUUACACCAAUUUGUUCAUUGUAAAAGUUUUAUCAACAUGAAGUUUAUUAAAAAUAUUGAUUUGCAGGGACUAUUGCCAGUUUAACUAGAAAGCAUUUUGGAUCACCAUCAGGUAUUCUUUUUAGCCAAGGGGCUUUCUGCUCUUCCAAAGACUUUCACAGCUUGUGUGAUAUGUUAAAUGGUGUGUAGGUGGGACAGUAAUUUUCUCAGAGGAUACAAAUUCUUCAGUGAUAGAAUAGUUUCUUUUGCCAGUUAGGUCUGAGGAACUGUUUGAUAUUCAGUGGCCAAAGAGUUUGUCCUGCCGACUCUUGAGGGGUUUGGGUUUUUUUAAUUUAUUUGAGGUGUUUUGUUUCUUGAGCAAACUUUGCAUCAUUCAUAAUUUUGGGUAUGCUGAUCCUGUAGUUUCAAGUUGUGGAUAAGAAACAUGGAUUACUGUUACUUUUAUAAUCUAUAUUGAAUCUAUGAUUCUGUUGAUGGAAAGAAUCCUACCUGAGUAAACUCUUUAAGAGAUAAUUUCUUAGCUUCUUUUAAUUUUGCAGCUUUGUAGUUGCAGUGAAUCCGCUUCAUUCCUGACAUCAGUCAUAGCCCCAUUAAACCAGAGAAACCCAUUUUUAUGGCAGUGUAAGAUUUGGUCACAGAUACUUUGUUGGCAUGUUGAUAGCCAUUGUGCAGGAACUUGAAAAUCUGUUUCGCUUCCAAAGUGCAAACUAUUAUGGAGCCACUCCUCUCAUUUGCCAAAUGAUGCCAAUGUGUUUAGUAAGUGCAGGAGAAGGAAGGAGUAGGGAAGAAUUUCCAGAUAACAUUCUUAUAUAGAGCAAAUUGCCAGGAGAAGGGAUACUAGCUUUUAAUAUAAUAAACAGACCUUCUUAAAGCAUUGAGUCAUUAAUAAAAUUAGAAACAACAUCCACAGACAGUGUUAAAUAACAUCUUCAAAUUCUGCUUUCUUCAGUGCAACAAAUAAUAGCACAACAUAAGAAUUGGAAUUGUGAGCUGUUUAGUAUUUUGGGGACUUAACACAUAAACUUGAGGGCACACAACAUUUAAAAAGUUAUGAUGCUGAUCUCUUUGGUGGUUUGUCCUGCUAUUGUUACAUUAAAAAUGGGCUGAGCCUUGAUUCAGUUGAAAGACAAGCAGUGUUUUCACUUAUGUUACAGUUUGAGCAGUACUUAAUGCCCCCAAGCUUUUUUCUUAAUAAAACUAACAAAUGCAGCUGCUUGCAGACUGUAACUUCCUGGCUGAUUCUUCAUUAUCUUUCUGUGGAUAAGAUUUCAGGAUCUAUAUGAGGCCAGUAAGGAACAGAGUAUUCAUAUAAGGCAACUAAUCACCGAUGUUUCUCUUGGCCUGAUAGGGAAAUACCAUAAGGCAGGGAAAAGAAAACUGAUCUUAAAGUGCAUGCUCUGACUUCAAACAUAAAAAUGUGUAAUAAGCUUUAAUUACUCCAUAGUAAAAAAUAAAUACAUACAUUUCUAAGCAUAAUUCCGGCUGUUUAUUUCUAAAUAUAUCUGGUUUAAAAAAAUAGAGUAGUUAUAAUAGUGAUUAGUUUUGUAAAAUAAACAUACUGUACAAAAGGAAAACUUUUUUGGAGCUUAUUUGGCUUACCAAAACUUGAAAAAUUGAUCCAUCCAAAACACUUCAGAUUAAAUUCAGAAGAGAAACAUUGUGUAAAAAUAUUUGUUUAGCAUAAACAUGAAUUUUGCACAUACCUUCUUAAACAAAAUUUUAUGCCAACCACAGUCCAGUGUUCACCUUGUUGGAAAUUUGUCAGGCUGAAAACAGUAUUUUUAAAAUUUUAACUUACUGUCACUGAGCACAUUACUAAUAUAAUGCCACAUUUACCUCAUUUUUUGAAGGAAAUCUAUUUACAGAAUCCAGAGAAGCUGUUCCGAUAUUUUAAACCUGUCCUGUAAAACUGCUGAUGCAGUCAAGAAACAUUUCCAUGCCUUAUGCAAGCUCUGGAUGAGCAGAUGAAUUCAGUUCUUUAGUUAUAGACUGUGCUUUUGCAUAAGAAAAGCACUCUUAAAGAGUUCUUCAUAUCAAUUUACAUUCUGCUACUUUGUGUCCUGAAAUUGCAAGGACAGGGGUAGAUUUACAUUUCACUUGGUUUACCAUCUCAUAAUAGAGUGUUUACCAUGUUUCCAUUUGUUAUACACAUUAUUUGUAAUGCUGUCCUUUUCCUUCCAAAUUUCAUAAUUUGAAACUGUCUUGAAAAUGGCUUCAGAUCAGAUUGGACAUGGAAAAUGUGAUCUCAUAAGAAGUUGUUUCAUUAAUACUUUGCUGAGCUAUACCAGCAAAAGAUUAGUUUUGUUGUAUUUAAAUUACUUAAAUGCAAAAUGCUGAAAUCUUUUUCUUCAGGGCUUUUAAUUUUGCAAUUUUUGUAAAUGUAAUUAAACAGCACAAUCAUCUUUGCUACAUAGCUAACCAUCUGAGUAUAAAAUAGCAUUUUAAGGUAUUCAUUAUUUUCAUUGUGGUAGAGAUGAAAAUAAUAAUAUGGCCUGAGAAGAAGAAAAAAGUAUCUCUGAGCAGCUUGUCCAAUCUGAACUUUCUCUUAGUUCCAUGACAAUUCAAUAAGAAAUCUUUCCUUGAUCUCAUCUCUUUUAUGUAUUUUAAGAUGAAGAAUUCCCUUUUAAAAUAGUUCUAAUUUGAAUGGCAGGUGGUGAGGGUAGUGAGAUAAUAAAUCACAUCCUUUAUUGUGUACAGGCUCCUGGCAUAACUAGGGUGCUAGCCGAAACACUGUGGAUUCACUAAGAAAGCGAUUUUUAAUUCUCUGUUUGGGCUUCAUACAAGCUGUAUACAUCAGUGAGUGGAACUUUUUGUAGUAUAUUUAUUGGAUGGCUAAGAAGUUAUAAAAACUGGAGGUAGGUAAUGCCCAUGACAUCAACACUUGAAUUACAGUAUUUAGUGUGUUUUGUAUAAUGAGGAAUUUUAAAUGUGUAAGUGCCUUAUUGCUUGAAACAACUGAAAGGUGUUAGUUCCCCUUAAUAGAGCAAUACAGGAAUUCCUGUUCUGUGGACUCCUACAGUUACAUUAAGCCAAAGUAACCAAUACUGGUUUGCUCGGAAAAUUGAAUAAUGUUAUGCCAGUGAAGAAGUUAUUAUAAAAGUAAUCUGCCAUGCUUAUUUUAAUUAUGAUUAUCUCAUUUCUGAGGGUUUUUUAACUUGCUGUUUGCUCCCCUCCCCUCACCAACUCCCACCUUCCUUCAGACUUCUGCAAAAAUGCAUCUUACUUUGUUGUUAGAGUGGUGUUAGUUUGGCUCUUCCAGCAUAACAAAGCCAUGAGUUUUCAACCACUGAAAGAAAUGCAACUUUUUGGAGAAGGGAGUUCAGCUGAAGUCUGGUUAGACCACAACCUGUCAUAGGUGUACCUUCUGACUCCAGGGCUCAAACAGUCCCUGUUCUCACCAAUUUGUGAAGGUGCAGGCACUGAGGAGUGUGGUGUAGCUAGAUUGGGACUUUGAGCAGGUUAGCAGCAUUUCAGUGUUAUCCAACUUGAACUAAUAUAUACCCUUAGUAUAAGUUGCUAACUCCUCUGUUGUGGGUAUCUUGAUGGACUAAUUCAUCAAUCAAGCUUGAUGGCACAGAUCUGGCAUCUCUGCCCAGACCCUUCAUUGCAGGGUGGGAGGUAUGGUCUGAAGAAGUAUUAUUCAUUUUGCCAUCUUCUGAGAGCUUCAAAAUGAAUAAUGAAGGGUUUAUUUCUUCUUACUUCCAUUCCCAAAAGACUGUGGAAUUUUACCUUCUGUGGUCUAGAUUUUCUAAAGGACCUGUUUUUUCUUACUAACAUCAACUCCCCUUUUGUCCAUCUAUUACUGGAAAUCAGGUGUCAAGAUUAAGCUACUUUUCUAAAAUUAUCUUGAAUUACAUCAAAUUGUGGUAGAAAUUAUCUUUUAAAAAAUAAUGAAGUAUAAAAGGUAAUUUUCAGAAGGAAAUGGAGUUAAUGGGGGUUAAGAAGAAAAAUGAUACUUAGAAGAUCUAUUUAUUAUAGAUUCAUGAUCAUAAAAUACUUUUACUACGUUCAAUUUCCUCCACUGAGAAUUUGUUAAGGCAAGAAGGAAAAGAGGGAGAAAUGAAGAUAAGAAGAGUAUCCCCUUGAACCUUUUCUUCUGAAAUUGUUGUUUUUCAGAACUGUAGGAGAGGUUUUUUCCACCCUGGAGUUCUUAAUUGGUAAUACAGCUGUCACAGUGUUACUGUUAAACACUACUGUGAGUGUUUAAUCCGGAUUCAGCUGGCAUAUCUGAAGGUUUUGGUGAUAGGGAGUUUAAUUUAGAACCAUACUGCAGUAAAAUUUUAAGUGAAUUACCACUCUUAGGAAUAUCUUAAUGACAUCUAUUUCAGCAUUCUCAGAUUUUUAGGCAUUAACUAGGUCCUUCUGUAACCCAUUGAACAGAAGACACCAUGUAUCAAAAUACUUCUUUAAUCUUAUAAGUUGCUGUUUAUUUGUACAAGCUAUUUCCUUAAAUGAAAAUUUUCUCUCUUAGAACCAGCAGACACACAACCAAAAUGCUGAUAAGGUUUUUCCAUUAUCUUUGUCUUACAUUUAGCUGAUAAGUCUAUUUUCUGCUGCAUGGUAUUUCAACAAUGGUCUUCAUGCUGUAAUAACUUGUACUGGGUAGUCUUGGGCAAUAUUUUACAAAUAAUUCAUCUUCAACUUGGUAUUUUAAAUGUAUACCAGUAGUCACUGUUGCGCGUGCUGUCUGUGUGGCUGCUUUAGUUCAUGUCAAUGUUUUGUAAGGAUUAUUUCUUGCUACCCUCUUCAGAGUGCCUUUUCAUUUAGCGGGUCUAGAAGGCGGUUCACUGAAGUCUUCUGUUGAAUCUACCAUAGUAAUGUCUGAUCUUUAAACUUGUCCUGAUGAAUGUAUAACUAAAAUCUUGUUCUUUUAAAAAGCUAUAGUAGGCACAGGUGUAUAUGCACAUGUACAUGCAUGGAUACAAGGGAAGGUGUUCUGCCAAUGUUCGUCCUGCCGGACAGGACCUUUUGAAAGUAAGUGAAUUUUUAAACAGUUUUAUUUUCAAAAUGUUACCUCACUAGUAUUCAGUGGUAGGUAUGUCUCUGUACUGCUUCACUUUGCUAAAUACAAUCACAAUCAUGAUAGCAGUUUCAUUUAAAAGACUGCAAUGAAUCUGGUGUCCAUAUUGAGACUGAAUUUCAUACGACAAAACUUAUGGUACUUUGUUUCCUUUAAGGCAUUCCUUUGACUCACACUGACUCCCAAACCCCUGUUACCAACAGACUGAAAAAGUGCUUCCCCAUGAUGAAAUGGAAGAAUGUAAAGUAGCAUUUGAAUGCACUCCACCUGUCUCAAAAAUCAGUAUUCAGAAAUGGGGUGGGGGAGUGGAUUUGAUGAACUGUGGGAAGACAUACGUUGUAGAGGUCAUUCACUUGCACACAAGGGGUUUUACAAUGUCAUCUAGUAACAUCUACCUAAUAAAGUUUUGAAAAAGAAAAAUUAA